UCAAACACAACGAGGAGAUAAUCGUGAAUUUCUUCCUAGCCCUCCAUCCAAAUCUGUUAUCUGUCUUCAAAUAACAUGGAAGCUGUCGUAAGAUGACAAUUGUUUAUCUAUUUGCAACUCAUGCAAAAAACGUUGGAGAUUCUAUAGCUAAUGAAUUGACAAGCCUUGGGGGUAGGAUCUACGACGAUGAGUCUUGCUCAUCAAAGACCGUGUUUUCUAUGGAUGUUGAUGACACUUUGGAUGGACUGUUACGAUUGCGCAGUUUGCGAUAUGCCGACGAUGUCUAUUUGAAGAUUUACCAUAAUAAAAUGCACCCAAGCGAAGACCAUCCAGAUUGUCCUGUUGAAUUGCGAGGUUAUCUGUCGCUUCUGUUCUAUGGCAUCAACUAUGUGCCAGAGAUCGCCAGAUGUGUGGAUCUACUUUCCAAAUUGAAUAAGGAUUGGGCAGCUGCUCUGUGUCAUCCACUAAAAGUUCAUAUCAAUCUUGUGACUACUGAAAAUAACAGUGCAUGGAGUAGAGGGUUGGAGAUUGUUCGACAAGAUCUACCCCACCAUAUCAGGUGCGCAAUGAAAGAGGAAAAUGUUGAUUGGUGCGUGUCUUUCCACCAAGAAAGCACCAUAAAUUUCGAAGAUGGUGUGAAUGUUGUGAUUUUUGCUGAUCGCUACGAUAUCUAUGCUGGUGCUUUACUCUAUGAUGAAGAAGUCUUCCGAUCAUACCUAACAUUCUGGCAGUUAAAUGGAGCAGUGGCGGCGACAGUCGUUGAGUUAGCGGAUAUUCAUGAUGGCGACAUUGUUCUGGAUAUGGCGUGCGACUGUGGAGAAUUGACUCUAGAAGUCCUGAGAAAUUAUGAUUGCUACUGCAUUGCCAUGAGUCCGAAAAUUGACCAGUUGGCUAUGGCUGAGGUGAACUGGGUUGGGCUCCAGAAUCAUCUCAAAAAGGAAGCGGGUAGUAGAGCCAGGCAUUUGCAGUUCAUCGCAGCGGAGUUUAAUAAAGAUUUCUUCAAUUUCAAUGUCGUCAACAAGAUUUUGUGCAGCCUUCCUCUGAGGUGGUGGAAAGCCAGGCGUGAAGCACUGAAUCUGUACUAUGACAGGCUGUUUACAAUCAUUAGCAAAUGUCGCCAAGAGACUCACUCGGUCUUGCUAAUUCCUCUCACCAAGGAUCACAAGAAAAGGGUAAAUGAGGCAAGCAAGUCAAGCAAAUACAACUUUCAGGUUCUCACCAUGCGGAGAUUGAUAACACGAACGACGCAGAUGUAUGUGUGUCUUUUGGAGACGAAACUGCCUCGGCUGGCCUUUCCUGAACGAAACCGUAGCACCGAAGGCAGCCGCGAAUGA